AUGCGUCUGUCGUUUAUCUUCCUGGGAUUCGUAUCGGUAGCCCUUGCUGCUCGUCCGUUUUUGAACGAGCCCGACACUGCGAUCGAGGAUGACUUCGGCGACCUCCCAGCAGGUACUCUCCCUGACCUAUCCAAGAUCGUAGGCCUGCCCGAUUUCAACUGGGCCGCCAGACGGUAUAUGAACAUCUCCGCCUACACGUUCUAUCGAACUGGUUCUGCUGGAGAAUGGUCAUACAGGAACAACUUGGAGGUUUUUCAACGAUUCCGCUUUAGGCCGAGAGUUAUGACGGAUAUCACCAACAUCGAGUCGACUCUGCCGACGACAAUUCUGGGCCACAACUUCUCAGUGCCAUUUUAUAUCAGCCCAUGCUCCCGAGGUGGGCUUGCUCAUCCUGAAGCUGAGCGAGGUUUGGUACAGGGAGCUGCCGCAGAGAACAUCCUAUAUGUGCCUUCACUAUUUGCAACUCUUUCUAUCGAGGACAUCGCCGCGGCCAAGAACACAAGCCAAGUCACAUUCCAACAAGUGUACCUAGAUUCAAACGCCACCGCGACCCAACUCCUCUUUGAUCGUAUUGAGAAGUCUGGUGCGAAGGCCAUCGUGUUCACCGUGGAUGCUCCAGCGGAUGGAAACAGGCAUCGCGCUGCCCGUUUCGGUGCCAAUUCUAACCUUCACGAAGAAUUGGCGUAUUCUCUCAUCACCUGGGACAUCUACAAGCGGCUCCAAACCAUGACUACGCUCCCAAUCAUCAUCAAGGGCAUAGUAACAGUCGAAGACGCCCGGGCAGCCGUCGCUGCCGGCGCACCUGGUAUAAUUCUGUCGAACCACGGCGGGCGGCAGCUGGACGGCAGCCCGUCAUCACUGGAGAUUGCACUAGAGAUCCACGAGGAGGCCCCGGAGGUGUUCACGCAGACCGAGGUGUUCGCCGACGGUGGUGUGCGCUAUGGCACCGACGUUCUCAAGCUGUUGGCUCUGGGUGUACGUGCCGUCGGUAUCGGCCGGCCCUUCAUGUUCUCGAAUGUGUACGGAAAGGAUGGUGUGGUGCGCGCGAUCCAGUUAUUGAAGCGCGAGAUUGCGGCAGACGCGGCAAAUCUGGGACUGGGUGAUCUGAAGAAGAUAGAUGCUUCUUACGUGAAGUGGACGCCGAACUACUGGUAUGGCUAG